AUGGAAGCCGUUUAUAUUCAGGCUCUGGAAGAUAGAAACGAUGUUCCUAUCCUAGAGGAUGCUGGCCAGCUUGGCUUUCCCCCUCCUCCUCCUCCUGUUGCUGUUGACGUGGCAGAGAGCAACGAAAACACACAAGGAAACAAUUUAUAUAAGUUGCUGUUGACGUGGCAGAGAGCAACGAAAACACACAAGGAAACAAUUUAUAUAACACUGAAAACACACAAGAAAACAAUUCACAAGAAACUAAUCCUCAAGAAGACGCUCAGCACCAACAGGCAGCAGCAGCAGCAGCAGCAGCAGACAGCAGCAAACAAACUGCUGCAGCAGAAGAUGAAACGAAACAACAACAAGGCGGCGCUGCAUCUACUACGCCGCCAGCAGCAGCAGCAGCAGCAGCAGCAGCAGCAGCAAAAGAAGCUGCAGCAAAAGCAGCAGAAAAAGCAGCUGCCAAGACACCAGAGGAUCUGCCGUUUCCUCCCCCCCCUCCCCCUGAAGGAGUAG